AUGGAUGCACAGAGCGCUAUUACUCAGCUCCGCAAUGGAGAGAAGCCCACGUGGCCACAGCAUGCGGCUUCUUACGACUUCGCACAAUCACUAGACAACAGCACGACCACAUUCAGAGAUCACUUCAGGAUACCGACCCGGGCACAACUCAAGCGAACAAGCAUAGUCGACAACGAGAAGACGAAAGCUCCUGCGGACAAGCCGGAAGACUGCAGCAUAUACUUCUGUGGCAACUCACUUGGCCUUCAGCCAAAGGCGGUCUCGGAGUACCUCGACGCAUACUUGACAACAUGGGGCUCCAUUGCUGUGAAUGGUCACUUUACACAGAUCGGGGACUCGCCUUUGGUGCCGUAUCAGGACAUGGCUGGAGACUGCGCGCGGAAGAGUGCUGACAUUGUCGGGGCAUCGCCCGAGGAGAUCGUGAUCAUGAACACACUGACAGUCAACCUUCACCUGAUGAUGGCGGCUUUCUACCGACCGACUGAGAAGAAGCACAAAAUCAUGCUGGAGUGGCGGCCAUUCCCCAGCGAUUACUACGCCAUCGAGUCUCAGAUCGAGUGGCACGGCCUCAAGCCAGAAGACUCAAUGCUCAAGGUCCAACCCGAUGACGGCUACAUCAUCACAACCGCUCAUGUCACAUCCUUGAUCGAUAAGCACGCAGAUGAGCUUGCUUUGAUUCUUCUGCCAGGUAUUCAGUACUACAGCGGCCAGCUUCUUGACAUCCCGACAAUUACCAAGCAUGCACACGACCGCGGCGUCAUUACUGGCUGGGACUUGGCCCACGCAGCUGGUAACGUUGAGCUGAAGCUCCACGACUGGGACGUCGACUUCGCGUGCUGGUGUACAUACAAGUACAUGAACUCUGGCGCUGGCUCGAUUGCUGGUGCCUUUGUGCACGAGAAGCAUGGCGACAGCGCGAAGAAUAAAGCGUUGAAGGGCUGGUACGGCCACGAGAAGUCAUCUCGUUUCUUGAUGGAUAACAAGUUCGUGCCGACGCCUGGAGCGCAGGGAUUCCAGCUCUCCAACCCCUCGAUCGUGGACUUGACAACUCUUUCCGCCUCGCUUUCCAUCUUUAAACAGACCUCCAUGAAAGACCUACGAUCAAAGUCACUCCUCCUCACAGCAUACGCCGAGCACCUCCUCAACCAAAUUGCCGAGCGGACAUUCGACGGAUCGUACCCAUUCGAGAUCAUCACACCUUCGAAUCCUCUUCGGCGUGGUGCUCAGUUGAGUGUACUGCUGCGCGAGGAGCUUAUGGAGGAGGUCAGCAAGUCGCUCGAGGCUGCUGGUGUCAUCUGCGAUAAGCGCAAGCCUGGAUGUAUCAGAGUCGCACCUGCGCCACUGUACAACACUUUCAGUGAUAUUCAGCGGUUCAUGGAGACUUUUGAGAAGGCGCUACGGGCUCAGGUCGCGCCGAAGAAUGAGUCGAGCGAGGGUGUUGAGGCGAGGCUGUGA